AUGGACGACGACUCGACGCUGCCGGCGGCGCCGUCGGCGCGCGCGCUCGGCGACGAGGUGUCGCUCGAGCAGUGCGAGCGGCUGUUCGUGUGCGCGCACUUUGCCGAGUGUCGCGCGAUGUGCGAGCGCGUGUACGCGGCGUACGUCGACGAUCCGAGCGCGCCGCGACCGCUGGUGCGAGGGACGUCGAGCGACGCGCGCGAGUCGGGCGCGAGGGCGCGCGCGACGGCGCGCGAGGACUCGGGGAUCGACGCGGCGGUCGCGGCGGCGGCGCGGCGGUUGCGGCGGCCGGAGCGGUACCUGGAUGAGAUAUACGGCGAGUGCUCGUGCAGCGAAGACGAAGACGAGGGCUCGGAGAGGAACGCGGAGCGAAGGGCGCUGGCGCGGGACGCGGAGAGCGUGCGGUGGCCGGUGGAGGAUCUGCGCGAGAGAGACGCGGCGUGGGUGACGUCGUGCCUGUGGGUGCAGUGCAAGUUUAAAUCGAAGGAUGGAUUGGGGCGCACGAUGGCGGAGGACUUCGCGGAGCUGCGACGAGGGGUUAGGGUCGGGACGCCGCCGCGGUUGGGGCCGACGGCGCGGAUGCUGUGGUGCAAGUUGAAGUGGGAAGAGGGCGCGGGGAAGACGGCGGGAUCGCGGGAGGAGGCGGAGAUCGAACGCGAGAUUUUAGCGCUCUUCGACGACGCCGCCGCGGCAAACGUGUUGAACGACGAAAGCAUGUCGGAAGAGUUGAAUGUGGCGUGGCGCGACGCGUUGAGGAACUUGGGGUGGCUGUACGCGAGUCAAAUAUUGGCGGCGCAGCGCGAGGACGAAGACGCCGCGCACGCGUGGCUCGACAAACGCGAGGACUUGCUCGACGAGCAAAUCAUCGUGUUGACGAGGAGUUGGAUUCAAAAAGCGAACAUCAACAAAAACUACCGAUUCUCGGUGUCGUACGACGAGCACACCGGUCGCGUGAUGGUCAAAAAUCAACGCGUCGACGACGACGGCGAGGACGAGAACGCCAGCGACGACGACGCGCCGGCGGAAGAGAACGAAACGGAAAUCACAAAAUCCUCGCCGACGGCGGCACCGGAACCAGUCGAGGACGACGGUACGAACGCGGAGAAAGUUUCGACCGUCGACGCGCUCGCGUCGCGCGUCACGCACGUCGUUCGCGAAAUCGCGAGAGAUCCUACCGGCGACUACAGCCUGCGGGCGUACGCCACCGUCGCCGUCUCCGCCUACGUCGCCUUCAGCCUCGUCCAGCGCGUCAACGACUGGCGAAACCGCGCGAAAAAGUUGAUCAGAUGA